GAGGACACGCGCACGCACACACACCCUGGGAGCAGAAACAUCUUCCCUAGCUUCGUGGGUUUCUCCUCCCACCAAAGCCAGUGUGUGAGAGGAAAUCUCGGGGCUUUGCUCUAUCGAAAGUGCUCGUCGGGGUGAUUUUUGAUCACCACAAUGCUGAAGUGCUGGCGUCCGAAUGCAUUUUCUUUUGCUUUGCAAAGAAGAGUCGUGAACUUCAAAACCCCCGAGACGGAUUAUUAAUCCUGCUUUGCAGGGAAGGAAAACCCUCAGUCCCCGGUCACCGGCCACCCCUCUCCGGAGACUCUGCAAUCGUGAGGCGCUCAGAGUCGGAAGGGGACGCUUUGGGAAUGACCAUGCUCCACGGAGGGACAGAGCCGGCCCCCAGCUUCUCCACACAGAGCCUCCUCCACUAAAGCUCCAAAAAAUCAAAAACCGUAAUUGCCAGAAGAAUCAUUAAAAAACAUAGUCCAGCCACUAACCUCACAUGCAAACGGAAUAAUUACUCUGGAUUCUGCAUUGUGAGCUGCUCUCCAUACCCUGAAUUACCUUUGAAUUCAAUCUUUUCUUUCCUUUGAAUUUGCAUCUCUUCAAGACACAAGAUUAAAACAAAACUCACGCUAAAUUGGAUUUUAAAUUACCUUCCUUUCAUUUAUCCUCCGUCUUUCUUAUGUGGAUAUGCAAGCGAGAAGAGGAGACUGGACAUUCCCAACAUGCUCACUCCCUUAAUCUGUCCGUCUAGAGGUUUGGCUUCUACAAAGCAAGGGAGUCGACGAGUUGAAGAUGAAGCCCAGAGCAGAGUGCUGUUCUCCCAAGUUCUGGCUGGUGUUGGCUGUCCUGGCCGUGUCAGGCAGCAGAGCUCGUUCCCAGAAGAGCCCUCCCAGCAUUGGCAUUGCUGUCAUCCUCGUGGGCACUUCAGACGAGGUGGCCAUCAAGGAUGCCCACGAGAAAGAUGACUUCCACCAUCUCACUGUGGUGCCCCGUGUGGAGCUGGUAGCCAUGAAUGAGACUGACCCAAAGAGCAUUAUCACUCGCAUCUGUGAUCUCAUGUCUGACCGGAAGAUCCAGGGGGUGGUGUUUGCUGAUGACACAGACCAGGAAGCCAUCGCCCAGAUCCUUGACUUCAUUUCAGCCCAGACUCUCACUCCCAUCCUGGGCAUCCAUGGGGGCUCCUCUAUGAUAAUGGCAGAUAAGGAUGAAUCCUCAAUGUUCUUCCAGUUUGGCCCAUCAAUUGAACAGCAAGCUUCCGUAAUGCUCAACAUCAUGGAAGAGUAUGACUGGUACAUCUUUUCUAUCGUCACCACCUACUUCCCUGGCUACCAGGACUUUGUAAACAAGAUUCGCAGCACCAUUGAGAAUAGCUUCGUGGGCUGGGAGUUAGAGGAAGUCCUUCUGCUGGACAUGUCCCUGGAUGAUGGAGAUUCUAAGAUCCAGAACCAGCUCAAGAAACUUCAAAGCCCCAUCAUUCUUCUUUAUUGUACUAAGGAAGAAGCCACCUACAUUUUUGAAGUAGCUAACUCAGUAGGGCUGACUGGCUACGGCUAUACGUGGAUUGUGCCUAGUCUAGUGGCAGGGGAUACAGACACAGUGCCCUCAGAGUUCCCCACUGGGCUCAUCUCUGUAUCCUAUGAUGAAUGGGACUAUGGCCUCCCUGCCAGAGUGAGGGAUGGAAUUGCCAUAAUUACCACCGCUGCUUCUGACAUGCUGUCUGAACACAGCUUCAUCCCUGAGCCCAAGAGCAGUUGUUACAACACACAUGAGAAGCGAAUCUACCAGUCCAAUAUGCUAAAUAGGUAUCUGAUCAAUGUCACUUUUGAGGGGAGAAAUCUGUCCUUCAGUGAAGAUGGCUACCAGAUGCACCCAAAACUGGUGAUAAUCCUUCUGAACAAGGAGAGGAAGUGGGAGAGGGUGGGGAAGUGGAAAGACAAGUCCCUGCAGAUGAAGUACUACGUGUGGCCCCGAAUGUGUCCUGAGACAGAAGAGCAGGAGGAUGACCAUCUGAGCAUUGUAACCCUGGAGGAGGCCCCGUUUGUCAUUGUGGAAAGUGUGGACCCUCUGAGUGGAACCUGCAUGAGGAACACAGUCCCCUGCCAAAAACGCAUAGUCUCUGAGAAUAAAACGGAUGAGGAGCCUGGUUAUAUCAAAAAAUGCUGCAAGGGGUUCUGUAUUGACAUCCUUAAGAAAAUUUCCAAAUCUGUGAAGUUCACUUAUGAUCUUUACCUGGUUACCAAUGGCAAGCAUGGGAAGAAAAUCAAUGGAACCUGGAAUGGUAUGAUUGGAGAGGUGGUCAUGAAGAGGGCCUAUAUGGCAGUUGGAUCGCUCACCAUCAAUGAGGAACGAUCCGAAGUAGUCGACUUCUCUGUGCCCUUCAUAGAGACUGGCAUCAGUGUCAUGGUGUCACGCAGCAAUGGGACCGUCUCACCAUCUGCCUUCUUAGAGCCAUUCAGUGCUGACGUAUGGGUUAUGAUGUUUGUGAUGCUGCUCAUUGUCUCAGCCGUGGCUGUCUUUGUCUUUGAGUACUUCAGCCCUGUGGGUUAUAACAGGUGCCUUGCUGAUGGCAGAGAGCCAGGUGGCCCAUCUUUCACCAUCGGCAAAGCUAUUUGGUUACUCUGGGGUCUGGUGUUUAACAACUCCGUACCUGUGCAGAACCCAAAGGGAACCACCUCCAAGAUCAUGGUGUCCGUGUGGGCCUUCUUUGCUGUCAUCUUCCUGGCCAGCUACACUGCCAAUUUAGCUGCCUUCAUGAUCCAAGAGGAAUAUGUGGACCAGGUUUCUGGCCUGAGUGACAAAAAGUUCCAGAGACCUAAUGACUUCUCACCUCCUUUCCGCUUUGGGACUGUGCCCAAUGGGAGCACAGAGAGGAAUAUUCGCAAUAACUAUGCAGAAAUGCAUGCCUACAUGGGAAAGUUCAACCAGAGGGGUGUAGAUGAUGCAUUGCUCUCCCUGAAAACAGGGAAACUGGAUGCUUUCAUCUAUGAUGCAGCAGUGCUGAACUACAUGGCAGGCAGAGAUGAAGGCUGCAAGCUGGUGACCAUUGGCAGCGGGAAGGUCUUUGCUUCCACUGGUUAUGGCAUUGCCAUCCAGAAAGAUUCUGGAUGGAAGCGCCAGGUGGACCUUGCUAUCCUGCAGCUCUUCGGAGAUGGGGAGAUGGAGGAGCUGGAAGCUCUCUGGCUUACUGGCAUCUGCCACAAUGAGAAGAAUGAGGUCAUGAGCAGCCAGCUGGACAUUGACAACAUGGCAGGAGUCUUCUACAUGUUGGGGGCGGCCAUGGCUCUCAGCCUCAUCACCUUCAUCUGUGAACACCUUUUCUAUUGGCAGUUCCGACAUUGCUUUAUGGGUGUCUGUUCUGGCAAGCCUGGCAUGGUCUUCUCCAUCAGCAGAGGUAUCUACAGCUGCAUCCAUGGAGUGGCUAUCGAGGAGCGCCAGUCCGUGAUGAACUCCCCCACCGCGACCAUGAACAACACACACUCCAACAUCCUGCGCCUGCUCCGCACAGCCAAGAACAUGGCUAACCUGUCUGGUGUGAAUGGCUCCCCACAGAGCGCCCUGGACUUCAUCCGACGCGAGUCAUCUGUCUAUGACAUCUCUGAACACCGCCGCAGCUUCACGCAUUCUGACUGCAAAUCCUACAACAACCCUCCCUGUGAGGAGAACCUGUUCAGUGACUACAUCAGUGAAGUGGAGAGAACUUUUGGUAACCUGCAGCUGAAGGACAGCAACGUGUACCAAGAUCACUAUCACCACCACCACCGGCCCCACAGCAUCGGCAGUGCCAGCUCCAUCGAUGGGCUCUACGACUGUGACAACCCGCCCUUCACCACCCAGCCAAGGUCUAUCAGCAAGAAGCCCCUGGACAUUGGCCUGCCCUCCUCCAAACACAGCCAGCUAAGUGACCUGUAUGGCAAGUUUUCCUUCAAGAGUGACCGCUAUAGUGGCCAUGAUGACUUGAUCCGCUCAGAUGUGUCUGACAUCUCCACCCACACUGUCACCUAUGGAAAUAUUGAGGGCAAUGCCGCCAAGAGGCGUAAGCAGCAAUAUAAAGACAGCCUGAAGAAGCGGCCAGCCUCGGCCAAGUCCCGACGGGAAUUUGAUGAAAUUGAACUGGCCUACCGUCGCCGGCCGCCCCGCUCCCCUGACCACAAGCGCUACUUCAGGGACAAGGAAGGGCUGCGGGACUUCUACCUGGACCAGUUCCGCCCAAAGGAGAAUUCACCCCACUGGGAGCACGUGGACCUGACUGAUAUCUACAAGGAGCGUAGUGAUGACUUUAAGCGUGACUCAGUUAGUGGAGGAGGGCCCUGUACCAAUAGGUCUCACCUCAAACAUGGGACAGGUGACAAACAUGUGGUCAGCGGGGUCCCAGCACCUUGGGAGAAGAACCUGACCAAUGUGGAUUGGGAGGAGCGCUCCGGGGGCAACUUCUGCCGCAGCUGCCCCUCAAAGCUGCACAACUACUCCACGACGGUGGCGGGGCAGAACUCGGGCAGGCAGGCGUGCAUCCGGUGUGAGGCUUGCAAGAAAGCAGGUAACCUGUAUGACAUCAGUGAGGACAACUCCCUACAGGAGCUGGACCAGCCAGCUGCCCCUGUGGCGGUGACGUCAAAUGCCUCCACUACUAAGUACCCCCAGAGCCCGACUAACUCCAAGGCUCAGAAGAAGAACCGGAACAAACUGCGCCGGCAGCACUCCUAUGACACCUUCGUGGACCUGCAGAAGGAAGAAGCCGCCUUGGCCCCGCGCAGCGUGAGCCUGAAAGACAAGGGCCGUUUCCUGGAUGGGAGUCCUUAUGCCCACAUGUUUGAGAUGCCAGCUGGUGAGAGCACCUUUGCCAACAACAAGUCCUCAGUGCCCACUGCCGGACACCACCACCACAACAACCCCGGCAGCGGCUACAUGCUCAGCAAGUCGCUCUACCCCGACCGGGUCACGCAAAACCCUUUCAUCCCCACUUUUGGGGAUGACCAGUGCUUGCUCCAUGGCAGUAAAUCCUACUUCUUCAGGCAGCCCACGGUGGCGGGGGCGCCGAAAGCCAGGCCGGACUUCCGCGCCCUUGUCACCAACAAGCCAGUGGUCUCGGCCCUUCAUGGGGCUGUGCCAGGCCGUUUCCAGAAAGACAUCUGUAUAGGGAACCAGUCCAACCCCUGUGUGCCUAACAACAAAAACCCCAGGGCUUUCAAUGGCUCCAGCAAUGGGCAUGUUUAUGAGAAACUUUCUAGUAUUGAGUCUGAUGUCUGAGUGAGGAAAGAGACAGGUUAAGGGUGGCAGCCUGAGAGCCCCGGGUCUGUUUGGAAGCUUGACUGCAGGAUCUCCAUGUUGCACACAGGACAUAUAAACCAGAAAGGUGCUCAUCCUCCUCUGGAAGGAAGCUGCCAUGUCUCUUCAAGUCACACCCUCCAGGGCUGCUCUCUGCCUUCCUGUCUGCCCUGACUCACUACCCUUCCUCAUUCCCUGCCCUCGACUGCUGUCCCCUGCCCUCCUCCUUGAUUUUUACCUCAGUAUCUUUUAUUUUAAAGCCAACUGAAAGCCUUGUAAAGCUUUGUUUUCUUUCUAAAACGAACCUGGGGGCAAGGGGCUGAACCUCUCACAGAUAUGGAGAGAGGAGCACCGAGUGCUUUACCUUAGAUUCAAGGAAAGACUUUGAGAGAGAGGACAGAGGGCAUGAGGCGUCUCCAGGAGGAAGAAGGAGAAGGGCCAUAUAAACACUGCUUCACCCCGCCUCUGUCCGAGGUCAGGGGCUCCUCCCCUCACUCUUCCUCUUACCUCACCCCUUUCAAAUAAAAAACCAAACCAACCAACCUAGCGAACAGCAAUCUAGAACAAAGGGGGCUCUGUCAGUCUCCACUGGUGACAGAAAUCAAGAUGGUGUUUAUUUCAUAUGUAAAUAUUUUGUUUUCUAAUUAAUUUUGUAUAGAUAAAGUGUUCUCUUGUGAGUAUUCAGGGUGUUGGGCUGGAGGGAGUAGGGUGGGGAUGGGAAUGAAGGGGGAAAAUGUGUUUUGUUAUGGAUUUUCGUUUUCCCUUGGGGGAAUUGUUUUGUGUGGCUUUUACUUCAGGGUGUCUGGAAAAAAGUGAAUGCGGAUGGAGGCCGCUGUGGUGAAAAAGCCAGGGAAAAGUAAUUUGUGUCCAUGCUUCCCCACCUCACCAAUUUUCUUAAUGAUCUGUGAAAAGUGUUCAUGCCUGUCGGCCUGGGCUUGUACAGGGUCCAGUUUGGCUCUAAGCAAACCCCAGGUCCAGCUCCUAUCUUCUAGGUAGACCACAGAUUCCCAACAUUCCAUGCAAAGUCAAGCUGGUGGCACCGUAUUUUUCCUGUCAGCACCUAGGGUAGGAAAGAUUCCCAGAAGAGCUUAAACCAGAAUUGAGGUCAAAUUAGCCUCUCAUUCUUGAUGUGGCUGAGAGGUUACAGGAAGCCCAGUCCUGAGAAAUCUCCCAGCAGCCCCCUCUGAUGUUUAACAACCAUCUCAGUCACUCUGACUCUUUUUUUCCUAGUGCCUGGGCACUGGACCUCUCCCUACUCCCUCUCUCACUCCUUAGAAAUCAGCACUGCAGGCGCACCCAGAAAAUUCCACUAUGUCUACUUUUUGAGCAUGUGAUAUCUGGUUACAGGGUGGCAGCACCUUACAAAUUCACAUGCUUUUCUAGAAGAGGUUACCAGACCUACUCAAAAUUCAGUGGCCAGAUGAUUCUCUUAGAAAGGUUGCAGAAGUUGGUUUCAGAGGUAGAAAGGUGGAUAUGAGACGGACGGUGCCAAUAGUGACUGUAUAUUUGCCUUGUCCUCAUUUCUGCCAUCAGGAAGGUGCUAUUUGCCUCUAGCCAGGUAUUCAUAACCUGACCUUGGGUUAACUAGACAAAUAGAAUCUCUUUUACUGGACUGUUGGCUUUGUGAAGGGUGGCAGCCUCUCUCUCUUUACCACAGGAUGGAAUUUCCAAAUCCAUUUACCCGAGAUACCACAGUACAUUUUUUCCUAUCGUCUCAUCAUCAGAAGUUGUCAGCUGGAUAAUUUCAUUUUUCUAAACCCUUUCUUAGGCCCCAGUUUGUCACUUCUCUUGAACUGGAUGUUUGAAUUGGGACCAAGUAAGAUAUUCAUGGCCUGCUCAAGAAAGCUUAAAGAAAGGAAGGCUGAGCAUUGUCAAGUUCUAAAUGUUAUGUCAUUCCAAAUUACAACCCAGUAAAAUGCAUGAGGAUGAAUUCUGCAGUAAGCCUCAUCUAUUUCACAGGUGGUUCUGGUCACAGAUCCAAUCUAUCCAAAACUGUGAGAUUCCACAGACACCCUCAGGAGCAUCAAUUGUUCCAAUUUUCUUCAGAAUCCAUGCUUUCUAUCUUUUGUGUCCUCUUUCAUUCCCUUCCACCAUGGAAGUGGGUUGGUGGGUGUGGUCCUGUAUCACUCCUUUCAGUGGCAAUGCUUAAAUCUCAACAUUUCCACUGAACUCAGUUAAUCUGACCCUUGAAUUUGCCUGCGUCAAGAAUGUGCACACCCUUCAGAGUGAUGCAUGUACAGUGGAUCUUAUCAUUUCAAAGUAUGUCAUUGUGUAUUCUCAGCCAGAACAUGGGAAACAUCCUUGAUGUGGAUUCCCCUAUACUGGCCACAGCCAUGUUGUAAUUAGGUGAAAAAAAAUCCCAAAUGAUUCCAUUAAAUGUUGGUGGUUUAGUAGUGCCAAAACGCAUGUGCAAUGUGAUAAAAUAUGAGUCGUCUAUAUGAUUAAGUGAAUAUCACCUACCCAGUCUUCCAUGGUCAUCAGGAUUUGCCUAAGGGGUAAUUCUCUGCAUGGGAGGUGAAGAAACCAUGUUACCAAAACUGCAGUGUGCUGGUCACCUGCACAUCUCAUUUAAAAACUAGGGUUUCUCUUUUUGCUUUUUGUUUGUUUUUUAGUUAGUUCAGGAUUCAGGGAAAGAAGAACAGAUUGGGCAAUAGCCUCUGGAAAAUGCUACUCCAGGAAUCACUUUAUUCUUUUAAUCCCCUUCCCUCUAAAAAAGCCCUGUUGUUCCUUAGCACCCUGUAUGGUCUGUUUGGUGUGUUAGGAAUGAUUCAGAUGUGUGCAUAAAUAAUGCAACUGCAGGACUAUUGAUGAAUACACUAGGCAUUUCCAGGUUUUGUGGCCAUAACUUACAUGCUCUCUGAGCCCAAAGCCAUAUAACAAAUGUUUGCUCAGUAGACUGCCAAAUACUUUGGGAGAGCAUUUGCUUUCUUCACUUGAAUGUCAUAGACUCUUCUUCCUGUCUGAGGAACUCUUUAUAGAUGAGAAUCAGCUUAAGAUGGGCAGUUAUACUGGAAUGGGUCUGGCCUUACAAACGGUAUAUGGUCCAUGGUGUGAUUUCAGAGGUCCCAAGAAAACCUUCCCUUUACUCUCCACUCCACUCCAACUACUGGCUUCCCACACAGAUAUAUUCCUUUAGCACUGAGCUGCUCAUCUGUAAUUUAAAUGAAAAUAAUCCCAGGAAGGGUAACAUGUUAAGCCAUAUUAGAGAUUUAUACAUUUAAGCACAUAGUUUACAUUAGGAUUCUGAUUCUUUUUCCUGGGAAUAAAGUAAUGAUGCAAGAGAAGAGGGAGAGAACAAAGAACACUAAGAGUAACAGAGAAGGGAGUGAAGGUACAAGUUCUAAAGUAUAAAGACAUUUAAACCAUAUCUCAUCUUCUACCUGCUUUUAUUUAAGGCUCAUGUGACACAGGAAUAGGACUCUGAGCUAGGAAUUCUUCUCAAUAAGCAGUCACAUGAGUAUCUAGUUUAUGAAUUUCUAAAUUCAAUGCCUUGUAGGGCAGGCUUAAGGACUGUGACUCUUUCUAUAGAAAAUGGAAGAUUGAUGCUUCUCCUCCAUUACAGGUUACUGCGUAAGCAACUAAAAAGAUCAAAUUGAAUUAAUGUUAUGAUAAUAAAAGUUUACUAUAAUUAUCUGUUCUCUGUCCCCAUUCAAUCUUCCAGUUCAGCUGAGUUGUUCUAUAUUCUGUACUUCCCCACCUCCAUGCGGGGUGCCCAAUGAUCCCAGCACAUGCUAACUGUUAAGGAGAUAUUGGACUGCCAUGUGCAACUUAACCAGUGGGCAAUUCCUUUUUAGUCCUACCAGAUAUUUGGGACAUCACUAAAUUAUAGAUUUGUCAGUCUGAGAACUUCUAAUACCCAAUCUAGAUCUAGGAUUCCAUUCUAGUUUGGGGGUUCCAGUAUUAUAUAAAAUCACUGGAUAUCUGAAUAUAUCCCACCUCCAUCUCAUUCCAACCAUGUUGACUCAACCACACAGAUGCCCUGUGGGUUCUGUGACUUAAAGUAGAUAAACCUAUUUAUUCUCAUGACAAAGAACCCCUCAAAAAACCUUAUAUGAAAGUCAGGGCUAUUUCCAUGCCUUGGAUAGAUUAGUGAAGUUUGGGGUCUCAGAUUUAUAAUAUUGAAGCAAAGAAAAACAGUUUUGCCCCAAGAGUGAUGAGUUAGGAUAGCAGUACUGGGAAUAAGUGGGUAAAGUUAGAAAUCAUCCACAUUUCUCUGCCAGUGUGUCCAUUUGCAUCCAUCUGAGAGCUCAUCACAGUGAGUUUCUGGUGCUGUUCCAUGCUUUAAAACAUAAUUGCUGGUGUGAUUAUGAGGGUGAGAACUCCUGAUGAGAACUGAAGGUGGAAGGCAGAGUGGAUGAGUAGAAUUUCUCAUAGCCUUGGGUCUCUGGUGUGUAGAAUCUGUGCUUUGGCAAAAAAGAAACGGAUGUCAGUGCAAGGAUUAGGGUACAACUAAAAAGCACAAUACUAGGUCCAUUAUAAAGCUGUUAUUUAAAAACUUUGGUUUCCACACUUUAAACCUGAACUGUCUUUAUUUGUAAUUAUUUUAGCAUUGUGAUUUAGGAGGUGGAGUAGGUUCCAGUACUAUGCAGGAGAGAAAAAGAAAAGCUCUAGUUAAAUAUGUUAGUUCAAUUAAACCAAUGUCUGUUGAGCACAUACUAUGCCUCUGGGCUGGUGCUGUGAAGAAUAUAAAAGAUUUUAAAAUGGAGUAUAUUGUAUUCACAUAUAAUAUAUGAAUGCAAAAGUAUAAAAUAUUUAAAUAUAUGUAUUACAUAUGUAUAAAUUAGUAUAUUUAUACAUGCCACUUUAAUUUUUUCUGGUUUCAGGGUAUGAGUGAAAGAUAUUAUAGUAUUUAAAAAACACUGCAGAGAUUCAGCUGUCCCCAUCAUGGCCAGGCCUGAGCCUCUUCUUUUGGAAUUAUUUUACCUCCCAGAGCUAAAACUCUGAAAUUCCCUCCCUGACUGCAACCUUGCAUUUUCUGUGUCUUAUCUCCUUCCUUCAAGCUCCCUCUGUCAUUCUGGUCCAUAGACCCCUCUGAUUUCAUUUACUCCCCUUUUUGGUCUAACCCUGUGUUCACCCACAACAGUGCUCUCACCAGCAAUCUCUUCUUCCUCUUGCCUUCCACCUCCAAGAACAGGUCUUAAGCCUAUGGUAAAGAACACAAAUUCAAGCCACUUAAUCUCACCUGAACCCUACCCAGCUUGGACAUCUUUCUUAUUUCUCCAGUGUUGACUCCACGUCACAUUCUCCAAGGAUUUGUUAAAUGUAUUUUUCAUUUUCCUUUCAUUUUCAUCUCUUCUCUUUCAUUAGGCAAUCUUUCUUACCAUAUUACUAAGAACAGGUAUCUGACUUUUUAAUUCUCACAUGACCUCUCUUCCUUUAAAUUUCUCCUGUCCUUCGUUCAUCUUUUUCAUCCUCCCUCCCAACUCAGUGCUCCUGCUCCUCGUGCUCUGAUAGCCACCCUCUGACCUCUUCUAAGGUCCACUCCAGCUAAUAGUACUUCUCUCUGUUGCGUCUUUAACCUCUUUCACACAUCUGCCUACAACAAUCUCUAAAAACAAACCUUCUCUCGAAUUCCUAGCCUAUCUUUGUUUGUCUUUUCACUUCCAAACUUGUCUUUCUUUACUUCCUCACAUAAUGCUCAUGGCUUAACCUUUAAAACUGGGCUGUACCUUGACACGACUGAAACUGCUCUAUAGCAACAUUCCAGUGAACUUCUUGUUACAAAAUCCAAUACCUUUUUUUUUUUUCUUGCUGUUUGGCCUCUUGAAUAUUAACCCAAAUUUACCAUUGGGAAGCAGCAUGUACUGCUUUUAAUCCUAGCCUCUGGUCCUCUGUAUGUCUUCCUUCACUGAUUCCUGUUUCUCUUGUCCCCCGGCAUGGACUUUCCAUGCUUUUCUGAGCUAGACCCUCUUCUCCUCCUUAUCUGCAUGCUUCUGUAGCAAUAUUUCUGUCUUCCACAAGUUCAACAACUCUGAAUGAGGAUGAAUUCCAAGUCUUCACUCUUAGACCCUACUUUUCACUUCAGCUUAAUGCACGUAUUUCCAGUCACCUCCUCAAUAAGUAACUUCAUAUUGAGUCAGAUAUCCAAGACCAUCCCUGUAAACCACCAUAAUCACCAGGUUCCCCCUUUUGAUUAAUGGUACCACCAUUCCUUAUAUCACCAAACUAAAGCUUUUUGGCCUCUUUUGCCUCCUCCAUUUACCUCAUCCUGCACAUCUAAUCACUUGCAAAGCCUGUUAAUUCUUGCCCCUAAAGUUUCCCAGUCUUCUCUUUUCAUUCAGGCCCUUUGUUCUUGUCUGGAUUAUUUCAGUGUCUUUUAGCAUUGUUCCAAGAUUUUAUAGUUGAAUAUACUCUUAUCAGUACUCACUUCCUAAAUACAAAUUAAAUCUUGCCACUCUCCAACUCAAAAAAAACAAAAAAACCUUCAAUGGGUUACACUUGCUGUAGUCUACCAGCAAGAAUAACUUCUUGUUAUUUGCCUGUGUGUGCCCAUGGCCCAGACAAGCUGAAUUACACAUUUAUCUCUUACCUUUCCUACACUGACUUUUUUCCCCACUUGUUUCUUCCAUAAAUUGCUCCCUAUGCCCCAAAUUCUUUCCUUCCUAUCUCCCAACUCACUCCCUUUUUGGAUAAUAUCCAUCUCCCUCUAUACAAAUCUUCAAAGACUGGAACAAAUGGGCCACCAUGUCCACCUUCCUUCAUCUCCUAUCCAAAAAAAAGGAAAGUAUG